AUUUAACCUCAAACAGGGGAACAACAACUGACGUGAAAUUUUUCGAGUGACAUUGUAUAAAAAUGACUUAAUUCCAGUGUCUGAUGAGCAUUAAUAUAGAAACUUCUGAUAGGUUUUCAUCGAAUAAUUAGCUGCAAUUUUGAAGUUAUAGCCCAAUAUUUUGGGUAAAACUAUUUCCCCCCGCUCCAUAAAAAUUCAAGGGGCUGAAAACUAAAAUUUUUGUUUACAUUUUUUGAAUUUUUCUGUUGAUCAAAUCGUAUUUAGCAUAAUUAAGACUUAACGAUGUACUCAUUCAUCCAUACAAUCCAGAAACUUGAAAAGUCAUACAUGAAUGCAUUCAAACUCGGUGCAAGCGAUGGAAAUGAAGAAACAUUCAGCGAUCCAGCAAUUAAAGGACAGUUUAAGGCACAGUUCAUGAAGUUGUGUGAGAUUGAACAGUCUGCUAAUGAGGAGCUAGACAUGAUAAGGAACUUCAAAUGUACUUCAAUCGAUAAUUUUGAUAAGGAAUACAAAUAUGCUCAUUCGGAACUAAAGAAGAAGGCAUCAAAUUCCGAAGAACUGCCGAAAUACAAGAAAUUUAGGGAUGAAAUCGAUAAGGUUGUUGUCAUGGACUCAGCAGAGGAACCAAGUACUUCAAAUGUUACAAUGAUUGAUGCUGACAUGAUGGUGCAAGAGACACAGCUUUAUAUAGAUCCAAUUAGCAAGCAAUACAUUCAAAAUCCAGUCAAAAAUACCCUUUGUGGUCAUAUUUAUGAGAAGAAGACUAUUUUAGAAGCAAUCAAUAUGAAUAAGCGAAUUCGUUGUCCAUAUAUGGGAUGCAGUAAUAAACGGCAUGUUGCUGUGGAGAAUCUCGAAGAAGAUCAUCAACUGAAAGCUAAGUUGACUAAAUUAAUUACACAAAGAGAGCUAGAAAUGGAUGAAGAUGAUGACUAGAGAUUAACUGCCAUAAUUUAUUCAAAAAUAGUUCAACACCCCUUUUUGAGCUCGUUUUUCUUGUUAAAAUUAUUAUUCAUCAGAUUUCUCAUUCUAUCAAGUCUUUAAUUCAAGCCAAGUCAAUUAUGUUAUCAAUUACGUAUUAAAAAGCAUCUAAAUGUACAAUAAAUCAUAUUUUUAAGCUAUUUUACAAGAAAAUUGAAG